UUGACCCAUACAUAUUGUUGGCUAUUUCUACAAACAUAACCAUACUACUUAUGACCAUACUGUGAUCCAGGGUCACAUUUUAAAGAUAUUAUAAUUAUUACAUUAUCUAAUUUUAUUGAUUGCGUUUCAUUAUGUGCUCCAGAAUUUUUUUCCUAUUGUCAUAGCAAGUUUUUCCUUGGCAUUUCCUUUAAACAUGGAAUUUCUGAACUCAGGAGAUGUAAUGAUUCUCAGGAAUGACAUGAGAUACACUGAUUUCUGAAUAACUAGUCAGCUUUGUUUUGUCUGGCUAUGGGGGAGGAGAAAGACACGUAUCACCUCCCCCUCGACUCCACAGCCACUUUAAAACACCAGGCGGUUAUUCACACUGACAGCAGAGCCAGUUUCCUCUCAUUCACAUCCCAUAAUUCUCAAUCAGAGUUCAUCUCCUGACAAAGAUCUGUAGCAGUCCAUACAGAGAACUGGAUCACAAGUUAUUCUUCUAUUACGCUAAACAGUUUUCAGAAGACAAAACUACAGCAAUAUCAGAUCAAACAUCGGUUCCAGUUUUCAGCCAUGGUGCUGUUCGAGGAUCAGGAAUGCGGGGUCUGUUACCUGCAUUACUCCCGCAUCGACCGCGUUCCCAGAACUCUCCACUGCAACCACACAUUCUGCACCCCCUGUCUGGAGGCAAUGGGGGUGUAUGACAGCAGCCUGCGCACCAUUCGCUGUCCCUUCUGUCGCCAGGUGACCUGUGUGGACCGUGGGCUCAGCUUGCAGCAGGCUCUUUUUGUCAAUAGCCAACUGUGGGACAACAUUUGUGACGAGCAAGAGGACGAGAACGUGCAGGAAAAGGAGAAAGAGGGGAAAAACACUAAUAUGCAGGUGCUGCCCUCAUCACAGGCUGAAUGUCAAGUGCCAAAACACUACAGACCCAAAUUCCGACUCCCAACUUUCCUUAAGAGAAUGCAUUUGUCCAGGCAUCCUGAAGAGAGGAUUGUUCCCACCCACAAUGUGUUGCUCAGCUGAAACAAAAUGUAACAAAAUAUAGACAAACGAUGUCAUGGCGAAGACUUUCAUCAGAAGAGAUUUUUUGAAAAGUGGAACGGACCAUAAACAAAGGAUUAACAAUAGAAACAAUAGACUUUCCGUAUGUUUUGCUGCUGUCAUUAAAAGUGUAUGCCAUGUACUAAUUACGCCGGGCAUAUUGAAAGAGCAGGAGCUACAGUCGUCAUGGACAAGGUUGUUUAAACAAACCCAAUCCCCUCCAUGUGCUUCUGCGACUGCAUAUCCAUUUGAAUAGCCACAAGUCUGAAUCCCGCUCCUCCGUCUGAGGGGAACUUCUCAUUAGGUAUUCCACCCUUAAUCCAUCCCAGCUGCUGAGGCCGGAUUUGUUUCAGCUGUCCCGAGAGAGAGAGAGGGUCCCAGAUGCGAAACAAGUCUUUCUAAACAGAUGGCAUCAUCCCCGUGAAACAUCACCUCCAUGUCUCAAAUGGACUCUUUUAAGUUAUUAUGAGCUUUGUUAUUUAUAUAAUUUAUAAAUGCUUGUAAAUAAAAAAAUUCUGAUUGCUAAA